AUGGCAAACCAGCAAGUGGGCACGGUAUACGACCGUGUCAUCCAAGAGGUAUGCGAGGCAUCGCGAGUCGACUUUGAAGAAGGCGGAGUCGAUCAACAGACUCUGGAAGAGAUGCGACGGAGCUGGCAACAAAAACUUUCCUCUCUAGGUGUCGCUCAUUUUCCCUGGGACCCCCCUCUCAAACAGAGCCCUUCGCCCGCUCAGUCUUCAAGUCAACAGAUACUUCCUCCAGCAGCCACAGUACCGUCAAAUGCGCCACGGCCGACACCUCUACCUGCACAACCACCGGUGACACUCCCACCUCAGGUGCCUGCGGAACACAAUGCAGGCAACUCAACUCCAAUUAUCAAAACCGAACCCGGCCUCAAUGGACAGCAUGCCGGAGUACCUGCCCAUGGAGGUCCGUCAGGUUCACUCGACGCUCAUGCACUAGCUCGCGAACGUGCGAUGAGUAACCUGCAGUCCAAGUAUGGUGCUGCAGCAGCAAACUCAGUGAAUCAGCUGCAAGCCCAGAAUCAAGCCGCUCUUUCCUUGCCUGGACAACGUCCUCAGAACGGCCAUAUUCCGAACGGUCAAGACGUCAAACCUAUCCAGCAGCCGUACCCAGGCAUAGCUCCACCUCAGCAUGUCGCCUACAAUCAUCCACCACAAACCGAUGGUGCUAAUGAGAGCGAUGCACUCGCUCAAUGGAAAGCAGAAGUCGCUAAUCGACGCGAACUUGUACAACGUAACAAUGGUGAAGGUGAUCGGAUGUUAAUGGCACAGUUGAAGAUGGACGCUCUACGUCUCGAGGGUGGUGGCCUUAUGCUUCCCCUUGACGAGCAUUCUUCGUCUGGUUUACCUAAACGGAUGACUUCAGACCCAGCCGCCUCUUCCGCACAGACCGAUGGUCCCGGCGAUGACGAGGACGAUGAGGAUGCCAUCAACUCUGAUCUCGAUGACCCAGAUGAUCUGGCCGAUGAAGAUCCUGACGCCGAUGAUGCUCUCGGAGAGGUGAUGCUCUGCACUUACGACAAGGUCCAGAGGGUCAAGAAUAAGUGGAAGUGUACUUUGAAAGACGGUAUACUCUCUACCGGUGGUAAAGAGUACGUCUUCCACAAAGGACAGGGUGAAUUCGAGUGGUAA